CUCAGUUGCACAUGUGCGUAGCUAACGUAAAGGCCACAAACAUGUCUGUCUGGAGGGUAGUAGAUGCUUGAACAAAGGUAACUGUAACAUUUUAGACUUAACUCAUAAUGACAGACUGUUAGUGAAAUGUAUGGACUCAUCUUUUAUGGAUUAAUGGACUCUACAGACUGCUGAGCUGAGCUUCUCCAGGACAGACUUUGUGCCUGUGGACAUAUUUCCAACUACUUUUAAGAUGUGGCUUUUAAAUUUUGCACACCAGCACAAGUUGCUACUUGUUUGGAGGCUGCACACACCUGCAUCAGUCUCAGCUGUUCGCUCUCAGGUUGCGUCUUAUCAUUUCUCAGCUGCUCUGCUUUGCCCAGAGGACAGAAGAUUCAACCCUGCAGCCAGGAGACGCCUCAGUGUCCAACACAAGCCUGUAGAAGGACGAGAGAGGACAGCUCAGAGUAAAGCCUUUAAAAAUGAGACGUUCCAGAAGUGGAAUCAGCGGCGAGGAGACGACUGCAGAGUGUCAUCUGAACUCAGGAAGCUGUGUCUGGAAGAUUUCCCCGCAGACAAAGAGACACAGCGGAGACAGAAGUCAGCGCUGGCCUCCAAAGCAGAGGAAUCUGAGAUAGUUUUUGGCGUUGCUCCCUGCCUGCUGGCGCUCACUCAGGGCAGACGGAAGGCCUGGAAGCUGUUUGUUAAAGAAGGGGAGGCCUCUCGAAGGGCUUCUGUGAUAAAGGUGUGUGAGGAGGCUCAUCAGAGAGGAGUGCAGGUUCAUCGGGUCGGGAAGAGGGAUCUGGACAAGAUGUCUUCUGGAGCAGUUCAUCAAGGGUUGUGUCUGCAGGCCAGUCCUCUGAGAUACCUCACUGAGGACUCAGCACACAAAGGAAACGACUCCAGCCUCCCUCUGUGGCUCGUCCUGGAGAGGAUACAGGACCCGAUGAACCUCGGUGCCAUCCUCCGCUCUGCCUACUUCCUCGGCGUGGACAGAGUGGUCAGCAGCCUUCGCCACAGCUGUCCUCUGUCUCCAGUGGUCAGCAAGGCCAGCUCAGGCGUCAUGGAGGUGAUGGGGGUGUACGGGCAUGAAAACCUCGGAGAUAUGCUGAAGAUGAAGGCGGCGCAGGGCUGGCAGGUGGUUGGAACUGUGGGGACGGAAACAGAGGUUCCUGUCACCAAAUGUUCAGACUUCCAGAUGACCAAACCCACGCUGUUGCUGAUGGGAGGCGAAGGGGAAGGACUCUCCCAGGAGCUGCUGCCUCUGUGCCAAACUCUCCUCACCAUCCCAGCUGGUAGAGACCUUUUCCCCGGCAUCGAGUCCCUCAACGUCUCUGUGGCUGCAGGAAUCCUGCUGCACUCUCUGCUGCACUCCAGGAGGCUUCCAGAUGAUGAAAACCAAAGAUAUCUGCUUCACCACAGACAUAAAAGGAACUAAAUAAAGAAGAAGAGCAUAGGUUUCAUUUGAUUAUUGAAGGGGACAUUUUACAUUGCAUUCCGGCGAUCUUUAUGCAGUGAUCUGUGUCUUUACUGCAUUGAUUCAUGGUAAAAAUGUCUUUAUUUAUGUAAAGGAAAACUUAAAAAUCGAUGCACCAGAUGACAAUUCAAAAAAAAGCAGCAUAUAUGGAUUGAAUUAUGUUUUCUGGAAAAGAAUCAGGUUUUGUGUGAGCUCAUACUUUCUAUUUUGAAGGUAAUGUUGAAGAAACAUGACCCACUCCAGUCCAAGGCUUUUUUGGGUCUAUUAGUAACAUUACAGUGGUCUUUCAAAAGGCAACAGAACCACAUCUUUUUGUAUUCAAUUGAAUAUUUCACUGUAAUCCUCCAAAACGACUGAAAGAAUGAUGUUUUAAACUCAUUCAUUAUCAACCAGGUUCAUGAAAAUUUACAUUUUUGCAGUGAGAGAUCAGUAAAGUUUAUCUUUGUAUGGAAAUUCUGAUUGCAUGAGAUUCAUUCUUGUCCAAAAACUAUUAAAAACUGCAUAAUUCUUCAUUACCAUGAACACACACUGUAUUCAUUUGCCUCAGCCCCACAUAAUGAACCAUCCUGCUGCCACAAGUACUCCCCGGAGCACCAAAUGUGUAUUGAUCUGCAACUGAAAAUAGUCCCCAAUCCUCCUGUUUCAGGAACAUUUUCUUAAAACUACAGUGUCCACCUGUUUAGGAAAUAGUGAGACUAUAAAAUACAUAAACUCCGUAUAUUUCUGACCCAUUUUCAUAGAGUUCAGUCUUCAGAAGGAACCAGUAGGCCUAGAGAUAAGGAGAGAAUUGGUUCAAAAUAAAACUGUGGACUAAUACAGGCUUUAACCUACAAAAUACUACUGUGAUGCUCCCAUGAAACAUCCACAAAAUUGAAAAAAUAUUUGCUCUGUCAGUGUUGUGUUGUCAAAUAAGAAUAUCUUAAUGAUUAGAUUUAUAUUUUGAAUAAAAUUAAACUUGAUCAUGGUGUUAGUUGACUAUGGUAUCCAUGGCUACCUCGUCAUUAUUGGGAAUUUGUGGCUUCAAUAGCGUACAAUUACAGUUAAAAUACACAUUGUUGGUUUUUCAAGGCUGAUUUAGGUCUGUUUAGACUCCAUGUUGUUGGAUUUUAUGGUUUUAGGGAAGAUAUUUUGACUUCUCCAUUAGAAUUCUGCUCACUGACACCACAAAAAUGGUUUAAAACUGCAUAAACCAUCAUGUAAGGUGAAUAAAAUGUAUUAGAACAGGAACAUAUAUGUAAAAGACGUAAAAAUAAAUAGAUAUUUUGCCA